AUGUCCUCUUUCUGUCAUUUUGCUCCUUCCUGCGUUUCCCUUCUCCACUUCGCUGCCUCACUUGCGUGGCUGACCCACAUAUUCAUCCCUUCCUGCUCCAAUGCCACAUCCACACCAGCACGCUCCCUGCCAAAGGUCAUUGCAUUAGUGGCGAUGUUGGUUGCUUUCUCUCCCCUCUCCCCCUCUCCCCCUCUCCCCCUCUUCCCACCUUCCCCUCUUCCCCUCUCCCCCUCUCCCCCUCUCCCCCUCUCCCCCUCUCCCCCUCUCCCCCUCUUCCCCUCUUCCCCUCUUCCCCUCUUCCCCUCUUCCCAUCUUCCCCUCUUCCCAUCUCCUCGUAAGUACUUCUCCUCUUCUCUCCCGCUGGAUUGUCCUCUUCUCUCCCCUCUCAAGUCGUUUCUUUAUCGAUGCCUAUGCAAACCCGUGGUCGAUGUGGGCAAGGUAGCAUCUCAGAUCAACCAUGUGCCAGCGUCCCCCUCUCUCUCCCUCUCUCUCCCUCUCUCUCCCUCUCUCUCCCUCUCUCUCCCUCUCUCCCUCUCUCUCCCUCUCUCUCCCUCUCUCUCCCUCUCUCUCCCUCUCUCUCCCUCUCUCUCCCUCUCCCUCUCUCCCUCUCUCUCCCUCCCCCGUCUCUCCCUCUCCCUCUCUCCCUCCCUCUCUCCCUCUCUCCCUCCCUCUCUCCCUCCCUCUCUCUCUCCCUCCCUCUCCCUCUCCCUCUCCUCCCCAUUGAUCCUCCCACCAUCUGCCAGCGCCGUGCUCAAUACGAGUGUGUCGUCUCAACGAGGAGUGUGUGGAGAGGCAAGACACAUUAUGCUCUCUUUGUCUCUCUAUAUCCCACGUUUUAAAUUAUGCUCUCUUUGUCUCUCUAUACCCCACUCUCAAAACUACCUUCCAUUCUCCCUCGCUUCUGCCAGGGACAUGCGAGUCAUACCCUUGAACAUGCGCAGUCACACAGUGCGACGGUGCACUUACUCCCUGCCUCUGUUCUUUCUCCCCUCCCAGCUCAACUUCAAGGCAGCGUUUAUAAUCUGGUGCGUAGACAAGCUGGACUUCAUGGUCAUCCUCGGCUGCUUCCUCGGAAUAAUCUUCAGUUCACCCGAGAUCGGCCUUCUAGUCGCCUCCGUGCUCUCCAUCCUCAAGCUGCUCCUGCGCAUUGUCUGCCCGCACAUCCGCCUGCUCGGCCUGCUCAGCCUGCUCCCGAGCGGCGCUGCUACAGCCGUGAGCGUGCUACAGUUCCCCAACAGCACGCUGUGCGAGGGGAUCGUGAUGCUGAGGAUCGAGAGCCCGCUGUACUUCCCUGCUGCGAAUUUCUGCCGGCAGCGCAUCAAGAAGCUCUGUGAUGCGUAUGCGAGAGGGUACCAGCAACCCGUGCGGCACUGCAUCUUGGAUCUGAGUGUAAUGCACGACAUUGACGUGUCGAGCAUCGAUGGGCUGAAGGAGCUCCACCGAGACCUGUCCGAGAAGAGCAUUCAGCAUCGAAGUCCAUUCACCGGCGUCCCAUCAGGCAUCGACGGGCUGAAGGAGCUUUGCGAGAUUCAUGGGAUGCCGAGUCACUAUCUGUCUGGAAUGAGCAUUCAGAUACGACAAGGCAUGAGUGGGGUGAAGGAGCGAGACCUGUUUGACAAGAGCGUUCAAGUGGGGCAUGGGCUGACAGCUGAUCUGGCCUCUGUUGGUGACGAAGAGCCACUGCUCGCCCAUGCCAACUUCCUGGUAGACAUGGGCGAGCAGUGGCUCUUCGUCACCUUCCCCCCUCACUCCCCUCUGUCAGAAUAA